CAUCCGCGACUUGUGAUGUUUACAAUUCUCUCUAACUCUGUGGUUUUGUUUUAUUCCCUUCUCUCUCUCUCUCUCUCUCUCUCUCUCUCUCUCUCUCUCUCUCUCUCUCUCUCUCUCUUCUCUCUCUCCUCAGCACCACCAAAGUUCCUCAGAACCCAUGACCAAACGGGCGUGCAAGGGGGCGUGGCCUCCUUCAUAUGCCAAGCCACAGGACCACGACCCAAGAUCGUGUGGAACAAGAAGGGGAAGAAAGUCAGCAACCAGAGAUUUGAGGUGAUCGAGUUCGACGACGGCUCCGGCUCCGUGCUCAGAAUUCAGCCGCUGCGCACCCCCAGGGACGAGGCCAUCUACGAGUGCGUGGCCUCCAACAGUGUGGGGGAGGCCAGCGCCACCACCCGGCUCACCGUCUUACGGGAGGACCAGCUGCCCGCGGGGUUCCCCACCAUAGACAUGGGCCCCCAGUUGAAGGUGGUGGAGCGCACGCGCACUGCCACCAUGCUCUGCGCGGCCAGCGGCAACCCGGACCCCGACAUCUCCUGGUUUAAGGACUUCCUGCCCGUCAACACCACCAACAACAACGGCCGCAUUAAACAGCUCCGAUCGGAAUCCUUUGGUGGUACACCAAUAAGAGGGGCCCUGCAGAUUGAGCAGAGCGAGGAAUCGGACCAGGGAAAGUAUGAAUGUGUGGCCACCAACAAUGACGGGACGCGCUAUUCUGCUCCCGCCAAUCUGUAUGUGCGAGAGCUACGAGAAGUCCGUCGGGUCCCGCCGCGCUUCUCCAUCCCGCCCACGGACAACGAGAUCAUGCCGGGCGGCAGCGUCAACAUCACGUGCGUGGCGGUGGGCUCGCCCAUGCCCUACGUCAAGUGGAUGCUGGGCGCCGAAGACCUGACCCCCGAGGACGACAUGCCCAUCGGACGCAACGUGCUGGAACUAACUGACGUGCGUCAGUCGGCCAACUACACGUGCGUGGCCAUGUCCACGCUGGGGGUGAUCGAGGCCGUGGCGCAGAUCACGGUGAAAGCGCUACCCAAGUCCCCGGGGGUUCCCGUGGUGACGGAGCGCACCGCCACCAGCAUCACGCUGACCUGGGACUCGGGGAACCCUGAGCCUGUGGCCUACUACAUCAUCCAGCACAAGUCCAAGUCGUCGGAGGACCUGUACAAGGAGAUCGACGGCGUGGCCACCACGCGCUACAGCGUGGGCGGCCUCAGCCCCUACUCGGACUACGAGUUCCGCGUGGUGGCGGUGAACAACAUCGGCCGCGGCCCGCCCAGCGAGGCCAUCGAGGCCAAGACGGCGGAGCAGGCGCCCAGCACGGCGCCCAGACAGAUCAGGGGUCGUAUGCUGAGCGCCACCACGGCGGUCAUCCACUGGGACGAGCCCGAGGAGGCCAACGGGCAGAUCAUGGGCUACAGGGUGUACUACACCAUGGACUCCAACCAGCAUGUCAACGUGUGGGAGAAGCAGAUCGUCCGGGGGUCCAACUUCGUCACCAUCCAGGGCUUGAUACCCAACAAGACCUACUACAUCAAGGUGCUGGCCUACACCUCUGUGGGCGACGGACCUCUCUCUCCUGACCUGCAGAUCAUCGCCAAGACCGGAGUUCCUUCACAGCCGACAGACUUCAAAGGAGAAGCCAAGUCAGAAACAAGCAUUUUAUUGUCCUGGAUCGCCCCAGCGCAGACAGGGCAGGACAACCAGAUCCUGGGGUACGAACUGCUGUACAAGAAGAGGGACGACAAGGAGGAGAAACGGAUCAGCUUCGAGCCCACCACGUCGUACCUCCUGAAGGACCUGAAACCCUUCACCACGUACACCUUCCAGCUCGCCGCGCGGAGCAAGCAUGGCGAUGGGGCGUACACCAACGAGAUAUCGGCCGAAACCCCACAAACACAGCCCUCAGGCUCUCCCCAAGACGUCAGGUGCAGCAGCCCCAGUUCCACCAGCAUCGUGGUGGUCUGGGGCCCGCCGCCCAUCGAGGAUCAGAACGGGAUCAUAACAAAGUACACUGUUCACUACUGGACCCCGGACGGAGAGGACACCACCACGCACGACUCCUCGGACAUUCCUCCGGAAAACCCGACGUACCUUCUGGAAAACCUGGAGAAAUGGACGGAAUACAGCGUGACUGUCACUGCUCACACGGAUGUCGGAGCCGGACCGGAAAGCUUGCCCCGGCUCGUACGGACAGAGGAGGACGUUCCCAGCGGGCCACCUCGUAAAGUUGAGGUGGAGGCUGUCAACUCCUCGUCAAUUAAAGUGAUGUGGCGCUCGCCCAUGCCCACCAAGCAGCACGGUCAGAUCCGAGGGUACCAGGUGCACUAUGUCAGGAUGCUUAAUGGGGAGCCCAUGGGACAGCCAGUCAUCAAGGACAUGUUGAUCGAUGACGCCCAGUGGGAAUAUGAUGAUUCAACUGAACACGAAAUGAUCAUCACAGAGCUACAAGCUGAGACCACCUACUCAGUGGCUGUCGCUGCCUACACAACCAAAGGCGACGGAGCCCGUAGCAAGCCCAAACUCAUCACAACCACUGGGGCAGUUCCCGAUAAACCCCGGCUCAUGGUCAGCACCACCAACAUGGGCACGGCCCUGCUCCAAUGGCACCCCCCGGCCAUCACCCACGGCCCCUUGCAAGGCUACCGCCUCCGCUUCGGCCGCAAAGACGUGGACCCCCUGACGGUGAUCGAGUUCCCCGAGCGCGAGAACCACUACACCACCAAGGAGAUCCACAAGGGCGCCUCGUACACCUUCCGCCUCUCCGCCCGCAACAAGGUGGGCUUCGGCGAGGAGACGGUCAAGGAGGUGACCACCAACGAGGACGUUCCCGGCGGCUACCCUCAGAGCAUCUCUGCCGAGGGGGGCACCACCACCACCAUUCAGGUGAGCUGGAAGCCGCUGCUGCUGGCAGAGCGCAACGGCAACGUGGUGAAGUACGCGCUGCAGUACAAGGACAUCAACAGCCCGCGCAGCCCCUCCGAGCUCUUCAUCACCGCGCCCGAGUCCACCGUCGUCCUGGACGGCCUACGACCCGACACCACUUAUGAUAUCAAAAUGUGUGCCUUCACCAGCAAGGGCCCCGGGCCAUAUAGCCCCAGUGUGCAAUUCAGAACACAGCCGCUGGAUCAAGUGUUUGCAAAAAACUUCCACGUGAAGGCCGCAACUAAGACGUCAGUGCUGCUCACCUGGGAGAUCCCCGAGAACUACAACCCGGCCCAGCCCUUCACCAUCCUGUACGACAACGGGCAGAGCGUGGAGGUGGACGGUAAGAUCACCCAGAAGCUGAUCACCGGGCUCCAGCCGGAGACCCAGUACUCCUUCCUCCUCACCAACCGGGGGAACAGCGCAGGGGGGCUGCAGCACCGCGUCUCCACCAUGACCGCCCCCGACAUCCUGCGGACCAAGCCCAACCUGGUCGGCAAGACCAACUCUGACGGCAUGGUGACCGUCCAGCUGCCGCCCGUGCUGACCACCGAGAAAGUCAGGGGAUACUACAUUGUGGUGGUCCCGCUUAAGAAGCAGCGAACGGGCAAGUUCUUCAAACCCUGGGACAACCCGGACGAGAUGAACCUUGAGGAGCUGCUGAAAGAGAUCAACCGCACGAGCAGGGGACUUCGCUUCCAGCGCCAGAUCGAGCCCAGAGCCUACAUCGCCGCCUACUUCAAGGACCUUCCCACCGAGUUCACCCUGGGUGACGACAAGACCUACGGAGACUUUGAGAACAAGCAGCUCCAGAACGGCCAUGAGUACAUCUUCUUUGUGCUGGCCAUCCUGGAGAUGUCUGAGAACACGAUGUAUGCCACCAGCCCCUACUCCGAUCCUGUUGUGUCAGCUGAUAUCGACCCUCAGCCAAUCGUGGACGAGGAGGAAGGGCUUAUUUGGGUGGUGGGCCCAGUGCUGGCCGUGGUCUUCAUCAUAUGCAUUGUCAUAGCAAUCCUCCUCUACAAAAGCAAACCAGACAGGAAAAGGGCAGAAUCCGAAGCUAGGAAAGGAAGCCUCCCCAACAGCAAGGAAAUGCCCUUACAUCAUCCCACUGAUCCUGUGGAGCUCCGACGUCUCAACUUCCAGACACCCGGUCUGGGUGCCCCCGGUUACCUCAGUAACCUCCAUUUGUCAAGCAUGGCCAGCCACCCCCCCAUCCCCAUCAUGGAGCUGGCUGACCACCUGGAGCGCCUGAAGGCCAACGACAACCUAAAGUUCUCGCAGGAGUACGAGUCCAUCGAUCCUGGCCAACAGUUCACGUGGGAACACUCCAACCUGGAAGUGAACAAGCCGAAGAACAGAUAUGCUAACGUGAUAGCAUAUGACCACUCCAGGGUGUUGCUGACAGCGAUCGACGGCAUUCCAGGCAGCGACUACAUCAACUCGAACUACAUCGACGGCUACAGGAAGCAGAACGCCUACAUCGCCACGCAAGGCGCCCUGCCCGAGACGUUCGGAGACUUCUGGCGAAUGAUUUGGGAACAGAGGAGCGCCAACAUCGUCAUGAUGACCAAGCUAGAGGAGCGGUCCCGGGUAAAAUGCGACCAGUACUGGCCGACGAGAGGAACAGAGACCUACGGGCUUAUACAGGUGACGCUGCUGGACACGGUGGAGCUCGCCACCUACUGCGUCCGAACGUUUGCACUUUAUAAAAACGGCUCCAGCGAGAAGCGGGAGGUGAGGCAGUUCCAGUUCACUGCCUGGCCCGAUCACGGCGUGCCCGAGCACCCCACCCCCUUCCUGGCCUUCCUCCGGCGGGUAAAAGCCUGCAACCCCCCAGACGCAGGGCCCAUGGUGGUGCACUGCAGCGCUGGCGUGGGUCGCACUGGCUGCUUCAUCGUCAUCGACGCCAUGCUGGAGCGCAUCAAGCAUGAGAAGACGGUUGACAUCUACGGCCACGUGACGCUGAUGCGGGCCCAGAGGAACUACAUGGUGCAGACGGAGGACCAGUACGUCUUCAUCCACGAUGCCCUGCAGGAGGCCGUCAACUGCGGCACCACGGAAGUGCCGGCCAGGAACCUGUUCGCCUACAUCCAGAAGCUCACGCAGAUCGAGGGCGGGGAGAACAUCACGGGCAUGGAGCUGGAGUUCAAGCGUUUAGCCAACACGAAAGCCCAUACGUCCCGAUUCAUCAGUGCCAAUCUCCCCUGCAACAAGUUCAAGAAUCGCCUGGUGAACAUCAUGCCAUACGAGUCCACGCGGGUCUGUCUGCAGCCCAUUCGAGGAGUCGAGGGCUCUGACUACAUCAAUGGCAGCUUCAUUGAUGGAUAUAGGCAACAGAAGGCCUACAUCGCCACGCAGGGCCCCCUGGCGGAGACCACCGAGGACUUCUGGAGAAUGCUGUGGGAGCAUAACUCCACCAUUGUGGUCAUGCUUACCAAGCUCAGGGAAAUGGGCAGAGAGAAAUGUCACCAGUAUUGGCCAGCAGAGAGGUCGGCCAGAUACCAGUACUUUGUAGUGGACCCGAUGGCCGAGUACAACAUGCCCCAGUACAUCUUGAGAGAAUUCAAAGUCACCGACGCCAGGGACGGACAGUCGCGGACAGUGAGGCAGUUCCAGUUCACGGACUGGCCUGAGCAAGGAGUGCCAAAAUCGGGAGAAGGCUUCAUCGAUUUCAUUGGCCAGGUCCAUAAAACGAAAGAGCAGUUUGGCCAAGAUGGGCCAAUCUCGGUCCACUGUAGCGCCGGUGUUGGCAGGACCGGCGUCUUCAUCACUCUUAGCAUCGUCUUGGAAAGAAUGAGAUACGAGGGCGUGGUAGACAUCUUUCAGACGGUCAAAAUGCUCCGGACACAAAGACCAGCUAUGGUGCAGACAGAGGAUCAAUACCAGUUCUGUUACAGAGCGGGCUUGGAGUACCUGGGGAGUUUUGACCACUAUGCAACGUAAGAGAGAAGAGGCACAUCGCAGAGGCCUCUCCCCUCUCUCUCGUCGCUUCGGAAAAAGAAAAAAACCCAGUCAGCCUCUCUUCUGAGCCAUAGAAUCCUGCUUGAGAACAAACAAGUACUUCUUAACGCCCUCCUUUCCUAUCCGACCCCCCCCCCCCCCCCCACCCCCACCCCCCCUAGCUAACAACUCAUUUAAGUGUUGGAUGUGCAACAUGACCUGUCAAAAAAAAAAUGAAAUGAAUAAAGAUGAUUCCUGGAGGACCAAGGAGAAUCGCAAAUGAAGCCUAACCCUUCCCCCUUCUGACGGAAAGGGGCGGGCGAGGUGAAUCCUGACUGUUGGAGCAUCGCGGGGAAUUAACUCUUGUUCGAUGCUUUAAGGAUUUUCACUUUGGGGUUCUCGAGAAAAACUGAAUGAAAGUCAUACAAAUAAAUAACAAGAUACUCGUGACAUGGACGAGAAAUGCAUCACUAACGAUUGGAAAUCUACGAGAGGCAUUGGAGACACACUGAGACGGCUAAAAAUAUAGAUGAAUGAUUACAUGAAUACCUUAUGUGGACAUUGUAAAGAAAAAAAUAAAUCAAUCAAUCUAAUACACCGGAACAACGAAAAUACAACGUUAGAAACGAGUUUGACAUUCAUAAAGGAAUAAUAAAUAAAUACCCAAAAUGUUCAUAAUUGAAAUUUUAAGAGUGGGCGAGGAUUAAAUAUACAAAAUGUUUUCAGUUUUGUUCGUUAUUUUUAGUACUGAAGCUGAUGUGUGCUUUUUGAGAAAUGUGUUUUUGUUAUUUUAUUUAAUUUUAGUUUUUUACAAAACCCGAUCACUUAAAAAGUGGUGUCAAGUAUGUACAUUUUCACCAGUUCGUUUUUUUACGCUGUAGAACUGUUCUAAUAGGUAUGCUGUGUCGCCGAGCAAAUGUCCUUGCUCCCGAUGUCUUUAUUUUACAUCUUUUUUUUUUACUCUGUCGCUUCGUUGCACUUUGUGUGCAGUCCAGUAUUCACUCUACCAAAAUUUGGAUCUGUUUUUGUUUGUUUUCGUUUAUUGUCUAUGCUCCCAUACACAAUAAGGGAAUCACUCCCGUGAGAUACACUUGGGCCUUGUGGAAUCAACAGGGAUGAGCACAGUAUAAAGUUGCUGCUACGCCUAUCUAAAUUCUUCCAUGUCAGUGUAGUGUUUAAAACGGAACCUGGUCAUUUGGAUGAUAUAUAAAUAUAUAUUGUAUCUAUAGAUUGUCAAAAGUAUAUGAAUUAUCUAUUAAAGAACACAGAUACACAUAUUAUAAAUAUAAAUAUAUUGGUUUAAAGAACAUUAUUAUAUCGAAAACUAUGGAUUUUCUAUGAAAGCUUAAGUGAAACUAUGAGGGAAAUGACGAGAUUUUUUUUUUGGUUCACCGGAAUGCACAUCAGUAGGAUUAAAGACAACCCAUUCUGAUUCAAUGCAAUCCUUUCUUGUGCAAUAAAUAUCUGUAUUGUAGAUAGUGGGUUUCGUGCAAAAUCCUUUGCCAUCUGGCAACACUGCAGGUACCCACCCUCCCCCUCCCCAACUGGUGUCCUUUACGGAUGGUUGUCUUUUGGGGUUGUGACGGUGGGUUGGUAUCAUAGAGAGUGGGAUAUGAUACAUAAUACAACAGGGACUGGUGCAAGAGAAAGUUGUUUUUUUGCCGGACCUUACAGUGCUAAAAACUUGUUGGUUUUUGUUUUUAUUUUUUACAGAUUUUCCAUUAUUGCAUUUAGAGUGCCUUAUAUUUAUGCCUGUUUUAAAAUAAUAUUUAAUUUGCCAUAUUAACGUAUCAUUUUUUAUUCUCAUUAACCUGGGCAUUUAGCAUGCCUAACGUGUUACCGGACGGAUUAGCUAGGCGCAAGGAUUCAGCCGUCACGCGAUCAGAUUUUAUAUGCAAAUGAGGGGUGAUGAUAAAAAGUACUCGUUUUUAUUUCCUGUGGCCUUUCCAUGGCUGUCGGAUUAAGAACACACAUUAAUAAAAGAUAUGAACUGACGAUGCGUCAAACACACAUAGAUGUAUCCCCCCAUUCGUGUCCGUGAACCCAAUGCCAACACGUCUGUGAUGGGUGUAACUACAGCUCAGGCAGGCCCUGCAUUACAUCAACAUUUCCCAAAGCAUGUGGACUUUCACACUCCCUAUAGCACAGGACAUGCAUAAUACCCUGAUAAGAAACAAAAUGCUUUUCUUCCUGACUUCGUAUACGGUCACGGUUUUUAACAUUCAGAAAGUACUUUGUGCUAAAAAACUAACGCCGAUGGGCUUCUUGUCACGCCUUGGAAUACGAACGGCCCCUCACCUCAAACGCGCAGCUUUAUGGAAGGAAGUUGACGUAAAUAAAGAGAAAACCACGAGGAUCCGAUGUUUUUCCGAUCACGAAAACAUUGUCACCACAUUGUGGGUUAGAGGUCUGAACUGUACACUUAGGAGGUUGUUCUGUUUCACGUUACGCGUUUCAUUCAGAAAGCAGCUUACCCCCCCUCUCGUACACGGUUACCCAGAAGGCUGUGUGGAUGUGCAUUCCAGGUGCGUUCUUUCCCUUGUUAGCAUAAUCCGUAAUAUCUUUUUUUUAAUUUCAUUAGUUAGUCACUUGUCUUCACAGUGAGGUACAAAAAAGUGCCAUUAUUUUCUCACGGUGGCCAAUGCUUUACAAUGUAUUCAUAAACAAUCUGCAUAUGUCAAACCAAGCAUUUAUUUUCAUCGCAAUCUGUUCCUCAUUUAGUUUUAUUAUUUUUACGUAUGCAUGGUGAACAUCGCAGAAUUGCCGAAGCCGGCCUAGUAGGAAGAUUUGCACUUUCUAUAUCUUUGUACUAUGCACUGCCCUAUUGAUUCUAGACCCAAUAAUAUAUUACUUGAACCUAUCUGUAAGAAUCUCCUUAAACGUUCACGUUGUGUGUGUGUAAAUAACACAAAAAAAAGAUAUCAAAUCUAAAAACAAACAAAAAAAGAUAAAAAACUACAACAACGAAAGUUUGUGCCGAAAAGAGCAUCCGUUCCGAUGCCAUGGUCACUCCAACCGAUGACUUUGAGAAAAAUUCUAUCGCUCCAAAACCAUCCAUUCUCGUGGCUCCACCAUUCAAUCUUGGAGUUUCAUUAAAAAGAAUUAAACGUUGUGUUCUCUGCUCUCUCUCUCUCUAUCUAUCUCUCGUCUGGAUGCAUAGACUGAAAUCUAAAUAAUGAAAUUGUAAAAAAAAAAAAAAAUCGUACAAAAAAAUGGCUUGUUAAAAAGAACUCAUACAAUUACCUCUGAUUAGUUGUAAGCGUAAACUGUAUUACUUUUUUCUCAAUGAAAGGAGUGCUUUUUAUUUUCUUACUUAGGUUACAUUUGGUGGAGGACGACGUCUGUAUGAAAAUCAGUUCUUUGCUGACACGAGUUCCAUUUGUUAUAAAUGAAUUCUAUUAAAAAAUGUCAGUGUUA